AUUCGAGUUGAAACACAUGGCCACUCUAGCAGCCGCUGCGGCUCGCCGAGCAGCGUCUUUGAGCCGUAUUUCCUCUGCUAGAACUCCGAUUCAAGCCGCCAAUCUAAUCCACAGGCGUGGGCUGGCAGGAGCUGCGGAUCACCAUGGCCCCCCUAAAGUUAACUUCUGGCAAGAUCCAAUGAACCCAUCUAAAUGGAAGGAGGAACAUUUUGUAAUUGUUUCUUUGUCUGGCUGGGGCCUGCUCUUCUUUGGAGGAUACAAGUUCUUCACUAGAGGCAAGGGCAAGAAAGAAGAGGCAUUGGUGGAGGCACUAAAGUGAGGUCCGGAGAGUUUGUAAGAAUGCGUUUGCACUGGUUUUUCUCUUUGCCAUGUCCGAGACUUAGUCCUGUUUUGGAAAAUAAUUCUUUUGGCUAGCUAUUGGUCAAUCCUUGAAGAUAAAGAAUCUUGCGAGAUGAUAUUUUUCCAAGACUAUAUACCUAUUGGCCGUUUGUCAG